UUAGUGUCUUACUGCAACGAAUAUCGGCCUUUCCUGUACAUUUUCUUUCUUUUGAUUUGUAUGAAGCCAUGCGGCAGAAGCAUAUAAGGCCAAACAAGAACAAGUUUUUACCCUUUCUUUCUUUCUUUCUUUGAGAUGGGGCACUGAUCAACUCGAGUUCUUGAGAAACCCACUUGGUUUUGUGGGUUUGGAAAGAAAGAAAAUAAGAGUUUAUUAAAGAUUAAAUUGAAGAAUUGAGUAACAAAUCCACCUAUUAACCAGCUAAACCCUUGAUCCAUAUCAGAUAAGGAUUUUGUUUGUUUGUUUCCUAUUUAAGUUCUAAGUGGACUCGGAACGAACAAGCUAUUGCUACAUAGCACGGGAUUUUCAUCCUUCUGUUUAUUUUUCGUCUCGUAGAGCAAACUCUUACCAUCUUUUCUUUCUAUGUAUUGCCAUGUUCUAGCAACAAGUGGCUUCCUUAGCAACGAUAUGGCCGCCUUGACAAUGAAAGGCGAAGAACAAAAUACCACUACUGAUCAUGGGACUAGUUCAAAGAAGAGAAAAUUGACAAUGAUCUCUGGAUCAUCCUAUAUUCCCAUGGAAAAACUUGGGACGCUACAGGGCGAUGAUGCCCAUUUUAUUUGCGCAGAGAAGAAAACAGUUGGGGUGGCAGAUGGUGUGGGUGGUUGGUCCAAACAUGGCAUUGAUGCAGGAGAAUAUGCUAGACAACUCAUGAGCAAUGCUGAAUAUGCAGUAGUGAAUGGCGAGCCAAACAGCAAAGUUGAUCCCAGAAAAGUUCUGGAUGCUGCUUAUUCAAAGACCAAAGUUAAAGGAUCCUCCACAGUCCACAGCAUGCAUUUUAACACUAGAUCAAGACGAAGGCUUGACAACAGUGAACAUGGGAGAUAGUGGAUUUUUGGUGAUUAGAAAGGAUGGAGACGUAUACAAAUCACCAAUUCAGCAAUAUUCUUUCAACUACCCUUAUCAGCUGCAAGAUAAUGACAGGAGUAGAACCCCUAGUGGCGCACAGGUGACGACGCUUCCAGUUGAAGCAGGGGACGUCAUUGUUGCUGGCACAGAUGGGCUGUUUGAUAACUUGUAUCCAAGGCAAAUAGAAGAGCUUGUUAGGACAAAGAUUGAGGGAGGCUCAGAUCCACAGGAUGUUGCUUGGGCAGUGGCUGGGCAAGCUUACUGCACAUCGAUGGAUAGAGAAGCUUUUACUCCAUUUACAGAAGGUUCUUUGGAAGCUGGAAAAUCAAGUGCUGGAGGCAAAGAAGAUGACAUUACCGUUAUAGUUUCUUGCAUUGUUGACGACAGUUUAUGAAAGUUUUAUAUCAAAAUUGAAUUAAAA